GGCGGGGUUUCGGCCAUUAGCGGCAGUGCAGUGACACGGGAGAGGAGCCGAUCACCACCAACAACCCCCCCCACUCGCCUCUCUCGAGCUUCAGCAGACCCGCCAACACUCGGCCAUGAACGAAGAUUACGACGUGAUCGUGCUGGGCACGGGCCUGAAGGAAUGUAUCCUGUCGGGCAUCAUGUCGGUGAAUGGGAAGAAGGUGCUGCACAUGGACCGCAACUCGUACUACGGAGGGGAGAGCUCAUCCAUCACCCCCCUCGGAGAUCUCUACAAGCGGUUUAACAUCCCUGGGGAACCCCCAACCUCCAUGGGGAAUGGACGUGACUGGAACGUGGAUCUCAUCCCCAAGUUUCUGAUGGCGAAUGGUCAGCUGGUGAAGAUGCUGCUGUACACAGAGGUGACUCGUUACCUGGACUUCAAAGUGGUGGAGGGGAGCUAUGUGUACAAGGGCGGCAAGAUCCACAAGGUGCCUUCGACGGAGACAGAAGCUCUCGCCUCCGGUCUGAUGGGCAUGUUUGAGAAGCGGCGCUUCAGGAAGUUCCUGGUGUUUGUCGCAAACUUCGAAGAGAAUGACCCGCAGACCUACCAGGGCGUCGACCCCAAGGCGACCACCAUGCGCGACGUCUUCAAGAAGUUCGACCUGGGCCAGGAUGUCAUUGACUUCACCGGCCACUCGCUUGCGCUCUACCGCACCGAUGAUUACCUUGACAAGUCUUGUCUGGAGGCGCUGAACCGCAUCAAGCUGUAUAGCGAGUCGCUGGCCAAAUACGGCAAGAGCCCCUAUCUCUACCCGCUCUACGGCCUUGGGGAGCUGCCCCAGGGUUUUGCCAGGCUGAGCGCCAUCUACGGAGGGACGUACAUGCUCAACAAGCCUGUGGAGGAGAUCGUCAUGGAGAACGGGAAGGUGCUGGGCGUGAAGUCGGAGGGCGAGGUGGCUCGCUGCAAGCAGCUGAUCUGUGACCCCAGCUACGCGCCAGAUCGCGUGAAGAAAGUUGGGCAGGUCAUCCGCGCCAUCUGCAUCAUGAGCCACCCCAUCAAGAACACCAGCAAUGCCAAGUCCUGCCAGAUCAUCAUCCCACAGAACCAAGUCAACAGGAAGUCUGACAUCUACGUGUGUAUGGUGUCGUUCGACCACAACGUGGCCGGCACCGGCAAGUACAUUGCCAUCGUGAGCACCACGGUGGAGACGAGCAAUCCCGAGGCCGAGAUCCAGCCGGCGCUCGAACAGCUCGACCCCAUCGACCAGAAGUUUGUGUCGGUGAGCGACUUGUACGAACCAGCCGACCUGGGAAACGAAAGCCAGAUCUUCAUCUCGCGGUCGUACGACGCCACCACCCACUUCGAGACCACGUGCGAUGACAUCAAGGACGUGUACAAGCGCCUGAUGGGUGUCGCGUUUGACUUCGAGGAGAUGAAACGCAAGCACAACGAUGUAUUUGGCGAGGACAACCAGUGAUUGGCCUCCCGUACGCUGCCGGCUCCCUAGGAUAUCCAACUCCACCCCGUCCCCUCUGUCUUCCCCCCACCCCCACGACCACUCCCUGCCACCACCACCACCACCAUUGUGCCGCAGUUUUUAUUGUAAUUUCAGCUUCUGUUUGCUCGGCCAAGCUGACACACAUUUCGGUAGCCAAAGCUGCCAGUGGUAUUUGCUGAUUUCAUGAGUCGGUGCCAUAAGCUCGGCCCAGAGUUCUUGUUGUUGCAGGCCUUGAACUCUCAUUGCAGGGCUUUUCGAUUGGCGUUGCUGUAUUUCGGAAAGUGUUUAAAACGAUUCUGUUUGGCAAUUACAAGUGUCUCUUGAAUAAUUGCUUUAGAGUACAUGAAAUUAAAUAAAGCAAAGUUUUCCAAGGAAGUGUAA